AUGGAGCUAACACAUGUAUGUUUUGUACUUUCAGACAGAAUUACUGAUAAAUCAGCGGUGAGGGACAAACAGCGAGAGGACUCAGCAGCAGUCAGAGACAGAAGACAGACAGCUACUGACUUUAACAGCAUCUACAGCAAAGACCUGCUCCCAGCUUUAGGUGGUGAGGAGAUGACCAGAAGGUUUCUGCAGGAGGUGGUUAACAUUUUGUUGGGGUAUAUCUGCAAGUCCAGUCAGAGGAGCCAUAAGGUCCUGGACUUCCACCAUCCUCACCAGUUGAAGGAUGGAUUGGACGGCUUCAGUCUGAACCUGCCGGACCAUCCAGAAACUCUGGAGCAAAUACUGGUGGACUGUAGAGACACACUCAAGUAUGGUGUCAGUACAGGCCAUCCCCGCUUUUUUAACCAGCUGUCUUCAGGUCUGGAUGUGAUUGGUUUAGCUGGGGAGUGGCUGACCUCUACAGCAAACACAAACAUGUUUACAUAUGAAGUGUCUCCUGUUUUCAUUCUCAUGGAGGAGGUUCUGCUGAGGAAGAUGCAUAGCAUUGUGGGAUGGUGUGAUGAGGAGGGAGAUGGAAUCUUCUGUCCAGGAGGAACAAUAUCCAACCUGUACAGCAUCCUAGUGGCCAGGUAUCAUUUCUACCCAGAGGUGAAGACCAGAGGGAUGGGAGUUCUGCCUCGGCUAGCCCUCUUCACCUCAGAACACAGUCACUAUUCCAUAAAAAAAUCUGCAGCUGCGCUGGGGAUGGGCAGUGAAAAUGUGGUCAUAGUGAAAUGUGAUGAAAGAGGGAAAAUGAUUCCUGCUGAACUUGAGGCUUCAGUUGUUACAGCUGAAGAAAAGGGUUUGGUUCCAUUCUAUGUGAAUGCUACAGCAGGCACCACAGUAUAUGGAGCCUUUGAUCCUCUCAGUGAAAUUGCAGACAUAUGCAAUAGACACACCAUGUGGAUGCAUGUUGAUGCAGCAUGGGGUGGAGGCCUGCUAAUGUCGGACAGGCACAGGAUGAAACUGCAGGGCAUUGAACGGGCCUGCUCUGUGACAUGGAAUCCUCAUAAGAUGAUGGGAGUGCCUCUGCAGUGCUCUGUCAUAUUGGUCAAGAAGAGAGGUCUCUUAAAGGAGUGUAAUGAGCUGGGAGCUGAGUACCUUUUCCAGACAGACAAACCCUACGAUGUGAGCUAUGAUACGGGGGAUAAGAGUAUUCAGUGUGGCCGACAUGUGGAUGCCUUUAAACUUUGGCUCAUGUGGAAAGCAAAGGGCUCAGAGGGUUUUGGAGCUCAGGUCAACAAAUGCUUAGAGAAUGCAGAGUAUCUGUAUGAUCAGCUGCAGAGGAGGACAGACUUUGAGCUCGUCUUUCAAAGCAAACCAGAGCACUGUAAUGUGUGUUUCUGGUACACCCCUCCUAGUCUGAGAGGCCUACCACUUGGACCUGACAGAGACACAAGACUCCAUCAGGUGGCUCCUCAGAUCAAAGGCAGGAUGAUGGAAAAGGGCUCUGUUCUGAUUGGCUAUCAGCCUUUGGGAACAAAAGCCAAUUUCUUCAGGUGUGUGUUGUCCAAUCCUGCAACGCAGCAAGACGACAUUGACUUCCUGCUGGACGAGAUCAACUGGCUGGGCCAUGACCUGUGACCUCUGAUGUAAUUGUUUGGUGUCACCCCAUUUCAUGUAAUUUUCUGACUGAAAGAGAAAUGUUUACUGUGCCAUAAGCACAGAAUAGAUCCACUUCCACUAGUGGAAAAUUUGGUUUUGGUUUGGUUUUUGAUUUGGUUUACAUGUCUCUAACUUUGGUAGCUGAUAGUGCCUCAUUUAGCAUGAUUUUACCUCAUUCAACUGACUUGAAUGUAUUCUGGGUCAUAUUUCCUCACUACAUGUUUAGGAGCUUUUACUGGUGGAGUAUUGUCUUCCACAUCAAUUUUUUAUUUCAAAGAGAGAUCCAUUUUAUCUUAGCUAGUUAACACUGGCAAAGCAUAUGUGUCUCUACUCAAUGUGUGACAGUUGGUGUGGUGAUAUUCAAACAUCAAGAGUCAGAGAAAAUAUGCUCUUAAUGUUUAAUGGACAUUCUUGAGAUAAUUUUGAUAAAUUACCAGAAUAUAUUUUUAAUUUACCACUGCCUCUGUGGCCAACAAGAUAUACUGUACAACUUGUUAAUUUUACAGCACUGCUGUCCUACAGUAGAGAGGAACCAUUUUUCUAACACAGAUUUUUCAAAGAGCCAGAGUAGAUUUUUGACUAAACUGUGGUUUCCCUCCAACCUACAGGCUCAUUUGCUGUGUAAACAUGAGAUUUUUGGUUAAUCUUAAUCAAAUAUAGCUAAAAAUAUAUUUAGCAGUAUGUCUCAGUGUAUCUUCACCUACCACAGACCAUUUCAACCAUUUUAUUAGAUCUCCUUGAGAAGUGGUCUCUGAAAGAGGUCUUUGCUGAUUACUAAACAUUAGCAGCCUUCACUGUGUAAUGUAGUUAAAAUAAGCUGUACAUAUGUUUGUUAUUCUCUCUACCGUUAACAUAUUUCAAAAAGUACAAACGUAGCAGUAGUGCAGUAAUAUAUAGGGUCUACACCUUUAGGUAAAAUUUUGUAUCUGAAAAUUAGUUCAUCUCAAGUUUUCAGGAAAAACAGGGAGAAAGGGAACCUAGAGGCCAUACAUUUUUUUUUUCAGUGCCUUAACUUUAAGGAUUACAAACUAACCUACAAUUUGCCAUUGAGACAUCUUAAAUCAUAUUAAAACAUUAAAAAAAACUUGAAAUAUUGAUAACUUACACAAACACUUAAAAAUUACAUUUUAAAUUCAUUUUAUUAAAUUGAUUCUUAAAAAAACAAAAAAGUGUCAUCUUGUCAAGUAUCAGUUGGCUCAGCACUGUGGGUUCCUUCCAUUUCCACCUGAAAGAAGCAAUAACCUGCUGAUUGCAAAAACACUUGUAAAAUCUAAAAAGCUGUUGCAGACAGAAGUACACGCCCACUAGAGACAGAUUCAAGUUACAUUACACCACACAUGAAAACUUAAUUUAUGCAUUCUGGUGUAAAGUGUUGGGAUAUUACCACAAGUCCGCACUGCAAAUUAGAUUCAAAUUUCAAAUGGCAUCUUCUUGAUUAAAUAAUGGCAGCAAUACUGCCUCCAUACAUUCAAGAUUACAUGCAUUACCUUGUCCUCUGUUCCUCCACUGACCAUGCCUCUUCUGGUUUUUGUUCACACGUCCAUUGGAGAAUCCUUCAAUCUUGCCACCAUUGGCUUUUACGUCUGUCAGAAAGCACAACUUUUUUUUUUCCUCUCAACAGAAAAAAGGCAUUGCAUAUGUUUGGCAUUGUUGAAUUAAGAAGCAGAUCACCUGAAUA